AAGAUUUACUGCUUUUAUAUAUUUAUAUGUUAUAUGUGACUAGGGUUUCAGUACUCGGCUGAAACGAGUAUCCGGUACAGAUGAUGUACAAAUAAGUAAAAUGUGUCAAUAAAUAAGCAUUUGUUAUUUUAAAAACUACGAAUACAGAUAAUAGUAGUAGUCACUUAUCCCUAAUAUACUACUAUACACUAACAUUUAAAACCGUUUUAAUUUGUCAACUUGGGUUCAGCGACAUUGUUAGUCGCAUCCUUUGUAAUAAAAGCGUCCUGAAUUCAACAAAAUAUAGCAAAUUUCGGGAGAAUUACAGUAAAAUAAACCAGCUUUAUUGAAGGUUUUUAAAUCUCAAAAUCAGUGUUAGUGUUUGAUUCUUCUUCACUUCAUCCAGGUUCAAAAUAAUCCUAAAAUUAAGCUCUUCGGAGUAAAAACAGAAGGUUAUGGAAGAGUUUGUGGUUCGGGGACAGAAUAAACGCUCCCCAGCUAAUGAUGCAAUAAGUCCUCGGAAGAAGAUCAAACUGGAGAGGAUGAAGCAGGAGGAGGAAGAGGAGGAGGAGGACGAGUUCUCUCAUCCUGUUCCCUGGCAGAAAAUAGAGGCCGAAGGACUAGACUGCGAUUACGCUCUGCUGUUCUCCAAAGAGGAGGCAGACCAUCUUCUUAAACAGCUGGAGGAGGAGGUGGUGUACUCAACAGGGGAAGAAGCAAAAGUUCAGAUAUUUGGAAAAGUGUACGAUAUACCGAGAAAGCAGGCGACGCACGGAGAUGCAGGUCUGACCUACACUUAUUCUGGGGUGGCGCGUUUGGCCUGUCCGUGGACUCCCACGUUGGAAUAUAUCCGGGACGCUGUCACAAAAGCGACCGGACAAACAUUUAACUUUGUCCUGGUCAACAGGUACAAAGAUGGUCGGGAUCACAUGGGGGAGCAUCGUGAUGACGAGAAGGAGCUGGACCCCCUCUGUCCCAUCGCCUCCGUCUCGCUGGGAGCACCACGAGACUUUGUCUUCCGGCACAGAGACACUCGGGGUAAACGGACCCGCCGGCAGAUCGAACCCGUGAAGCUGGAGCUCGCCCACGGGAGCCUGCUCCUCAUGAAUUCGCCGACCAACACCUUCUGGUACCACGGCCUCCCCGUCCGCAAGAAGAUUUCCCUCCCUCGCGUCAACCUCACCUUCAGACGGAUCCUGCUGGACCAGAAGAAACGACCGAGUGUGGAUUCUCAACAAGGAACGUCUGAUUGAUGAGCACGUUUUAUAGUCUCACUGAUCUCAAGUUCAAACUUCAAACCACAACUUCAGCUACUUUCUGCAACUUUUACCAGGUUACGUUUUGUACAGUUGGCUGGUAAAGUUCCUGAAGAAAAAGGAUCAAUAAAAUCAACACUGAACAGUUCAGUGGAGCUAAAGAUGGAGCAUACCAUUUGUUCCCUCCCGAUACCUGAACUUUAUGUACCGGCCGAUAGGGAGUACCAAUAAACCUGUCGGAGUCAGGGUAGGGUGGUGGGUCGGGGGGGGGGGAGGAAUAAUGUACUUUGGUAUCAGAUGGACGCACAGACUCGAGUACUCGCCAAUACCUGAUAUCGCAUUUUAGGCCGUAUCAGAGGAAUUUCCGAUACUGGUUUUGGUAUCUGAGCUACAGUCUACAUAUAGCUUCUUGUGUUAAUCCAUUGUUGGCUGCGAAUGGUAAACCUGGUUGCUCUUUGAAGGGUUUUAAAAACUCUGUUGAGCAUCAAAGUUUAUUCUUAUAUUAUUAUUAUUCUAAAUAAUAUUAGCCUGUUUAAAAAGAACAGCAUCAGCUUAAUAGCUUUUUCUGGAGCUUUCAACCCCAUCUCAAGGGCUUUAUCAGCUUCCAUAUAAAGAUUAUUUUGUCAGUCUCUGCAUUUGGUACAAUUGUUUUCACCUUUAAAUGAUGUAUUUUGGGCUGACCUAAUACGGGGGCUUCUUCUUUAGGAUAGUUUUGGGAGUUCAGUGUUCAAAUUGGAUCUGUUUAUUUUGUCUUAAGCUGUAGAUGUUCUCAUACUUUCUUGUAAAAAGCAAAAAAAUUGGGACAUUUUAGCAGGAUGAUUAAGGAUUUUUUCCUGUUGAAGGGACCACAAUAUAUCCACCACAAUAUAGUGUUUAAUAAAGUCAACACAAAUACACAGAGAUAAAGUAUGAGAUGUGUGUGUGUGUGUGUGUGUGUAACAGUCAUAUCCAGUGUGAUGACCCCCUCCCAUUCUGGUUGUUGUUGUGUGUGUGUUUUCAUUUCUUCUGGCAGGGGUGUCCCUGGAUUAACUUGCUCCCUGACUGCUGGCCUGUAUAUGGAGCUCAACCUAAUUAUGUCUCUCUCCUCCCAGACAACAGGAUCUUUCAUGUUUACUUCGAAAGGUUUUUCACAUUAGCUUUCUCCCUGCACCCCACUAGGCCCAUAUCCACACACUCGCUACAACACUGACAACACUAAUAUGUUUAUACUUUAUGUCUAGUUCAAAUAUUGGUUAAAUGGUUAAAAAAAAAAAAAACCUUAUUUA